AUGGUGUGCCAGCCAUUCCAGCCACCUUGCUGUUUCUCUGAUGUGCAGCCCAGGUGUACAAGAUGUCAUCAAAACGAAAGAGUGAAAACAUCAACAGGUUUUAAAGCCAUAAUAACUAGGCAGCGGAAAGGCCUCAUCCAUGACAUGGAAAAAUUAUUGGCGAUCUGGUUUGAUGACCAAAUACAAAAAAGAAUGCCAAUGAGUCUUUCAAUCAUUCAAGCCAAGGCACUCAGUAUCUUCAAGACUUUGAAGGCACGUGAAGGUGAAGAGUCGACUGAAACUUUCACAGCAAGUCAUGGAUGGUUUCAGAGGUUUUGUCGCAGAUUUAACCUGCAUAAUCGGAGUCUCAGUGGUGAGGCGACAAGUGCAGAUGUAGAAGCAGCAGAAAAAUGUCUUGACCAAUUUGAUAAAAUCAUAGAGAAAGGCGGCUUCUGUCCAGAACAAAUCUUCAAUGUGGAUGAAACCGGACUUUUUUGGGAGAAAAUGCCUGAAAGGUCGUACAUACACAAAGAAGCUAAAACAAUGCCUGGCUUCAAGGCUUUUAAGGACAGGGUCACAUUGUUGUUGGAAGGAAAUGUUACUGGGUUCAAGUUGAAGCCUUUACUCAUCUAUCGGUCUGAGAACCCACGUGCAUUGAAGAACGUUAGUAAGCACACAUUGCCUGUUUACUAUCGAGCAAACAACAAAGCAUGGAUGACGCAAGCUUUAUUUGAAGAUUGGUUCAAUAACUGCUUUGCACCCUCGGUGAAGCAUUACUGUCUGGAAAAGGGCAUUCCCUUUAAAAUCAUCCUUCUGCUUGAUAGUGCUCCAGGCCACCCCCAGCAUCUUGAUGAUCUACACCCAGAUGUAAAGGUAGUGUAUCUGCCUAAAAACACAACUGCUAUCCUUCAGCCAAUGGACUAGGGGGCUAUAGCUACAUUCAAAGCAUACUAUUUGCGCACAACUUUUUCCAAAGCUGUAGCAACAACAGAAAACAAUGAAGUAACCCUUCAAGCAUUUGACAAAGAUGAACAUGUCAAUCUUAUAAACGAAACAACUGUGGAACUUGCUAACAAGCUUAAUUUUGAGGUUGAACUGCAAGAUAUUAAAGAAUUAGUGGAAUAUACUGAGGGAGAGCUAAGUACGGAAGAUUUAAUAGAGUUGGAAGCACAGCAACACUUAGAAGAGGAGGAAGAAGAAGAGGAAAGAAUUGAAGAAGUACCAAAGAACUUCACUGCAAAGGGAUUAGCGGGUGUGUUCUCAAAAGUGAAUGCAGCUAUGUUAGAACUGGAAGCUAUGGAUCCGAUUGUUGAACGGUUCACAAAAGUGGAAAGGCAAAUAAGUGAACUUUUACGUUGCUAUCAUGAAAUUUAUGAAACAAAAAAGAAAAUGACAAAACAGACCACACCAACGGGAUUUUUCUCGAAAACUACACCCAGGACCCCUAUUACUAGUUCUUCCAUUUCUACUUCAUCAUCUCCCGUGCCUUCUACAUCUCCUGAUCAGAAUUCCGAUGAUGACACUGACGAUACCUUUUUAGGAUUCAAAGACUAA